UGCGGCAUGGAAAAGGUCCGUUCGCGACAUGAUACGAUACGACAAGCGAUGGAUUUUGUGGGGGGUCUAGGAUUUUGGUAUAGGGAAGUGGGCUUGGUGAAUUUGGGUAGCUGAGUUUGUAAGUGGGGAUUUCAGUGAAUCCGUCGCUUCGCAGAAGUGUUCAGGAGAAGUGUAGCAGCAAAUUUGUCAUGCGAUUGUAUGACCUGACCUUCUGGUUUGGGGGUGCAUGCAAAAUGGGAAAGCGUUGAGGGUUAGGAGGGCGUUUGCCAGGAUCUCUUACUUCACGGACGUAGAGGCAUUUGAUGAGGUGUUUCAUAACCAAGUCACUGUUGCAGAGAUUCGAGUCCGUAAGAUUUGAGCACAUUUUGACAAUUUAGGGUGGGGUUUUUCUCGAAGCCUUUUUUUUUUUUUUUUUUUUUUUUUUUCCUGUUUCCAGAGGGGAAUUGUUUGGUGGAGAUGGCUGAACUUCGAAAGGACCAACUCCGGCAGAGCUGGAUUACAAUCUCUGACAAACGUGGGAAGCGGCCGACGGAUUUCAGCAGAUCGGACAGCCAGAGCAGAGACGGAGCUAGUGUCGGCCCGUGUGCCUUUUGUCAUGGAUUUGAACACGUAAAUGGGCACGAGACAUUUGCAAUUCGAGACGGUGACCAAGACGAUGCACCCGACUGGCGAGUCCGCGUCAUUAAGAAUAAGUAUCCAGCUGUGUCCAUGGACGACGGUGAGUUGAAAUUAGAGGGGGAGGGAACAGUUUAUGGCGCGUGCCGCCUGCCCGGUUUCGGCAGCCACGAAGUUAUUAUUGAAACUCCCAACCAUCAACUGACUCUUCCAGAGCUUCCAGCUUCUCACAUAGCUGAGGUGUUAAAAGCGUAUCAAGCACGAAUAAACUUCUUUCAAAGUGAUUCACGAUUCAAAUUUUGUCAGGUGUUUAAGAACAGGGGCAACAGAGCUGGAGCAUCAAUGACCCAUUCCCACAGCCAAUUGAUCGCGUUGCCAGUCAUAGCCCACAACAGAAUGUGUGAACUCGACGGCUCUCAAGACUACUACAACAAGCACAAGCGGUGCAUCUUAUGCGACGUUGUGAAACACGAUACCCAACUACAACGGAGCCGCCUCAUUGACGAGAACGAGCACUUCGUCACCAUCGCUCCAUACGCGCCCAUGUACCCAUACGAGAUUUGGUUGUUGCCCAAACGCCACGCCUCAAACUACGAAACCAUCAACGAAGAUGAGAUUCAAGCCAUGGCGAGGAUGCUGAAGCUGACGCUGCAAAAGAUAGACCAGGCAUUCAGGUACCCACCAUACAAUUACACGCUGCAGACGAGUCCGCUGGGGGAGGGGAAUUUCAACCUGGCACAUUAUCACUGGUACCUGGACAUAGCCCCGCAUUUGACCACUCUCGGCGGAUUCGAGAUGGGCAGCGGAUGCUACAUCAAUCCUGUUGCUCCGGAGAAAGCCGCCGAGUUCCUCCGCAACUGUAACGUGGGCUCAUCGUGAACAUCCCUCCCUUCCUGCUCAUUUGUUAACUCCAUCUCUCCCUCUGUGUUUGUGUAUUUGUGUAUAUUUGUGUAUAUUUAUGCAUAUAUUUAUGUGGGUAUUGCUAGCAACAGAGGCACAGACUGCGAUGUUGAUCCGAAUAAUCGCUUCUGCAUUGUCGUUGAGGGCACAUUUAAUGGCACCCGGAAACUGGGUAUUACUGGGAUCGAUUGCAUGGUCAAUGGGUUUAGGAUUGGGGGUUUAGGGUUAGGGUUUAGGGUUUAGUUUUGAAGUCUUUGUUUUUGAUUCGACGGACAUGGCGAACUUCUCAAACCUCACUUCGAACAAUUGUUGUGCAUGCAAGAUUCAUUACACCAUUCCUCUUUUUUAAUAUUUUCUUUAUUUAUCGUGGUUUUUAAAUUCAUUUGGCUGUUUAUUAUUAUCAA